AUGGCGGCCUUGAGUUUGGAAGAAGUGAAAGUGCUCUCGAAAAUUUUCCCAAUAUCGAUUGUUUAAAGGAUGAACAGAAGAAAUGUAUCGCAGCACUGCUACAUAAGAAAGACGUGUUGGGUUUGUUACCAACAGGAUUUGGUAAAAGCUUAAUUUUCCAACUAUAUCCGCGGAUCUUCGAGUUUGUGAACGGUAGGAAAAAUUGUCACGUUAUCAUUGUUAGCGCGUUGAAUGCUAUAACAGAAGAGCAGGUUCAGGAACUUGCCGACAUAGGCAUAUCAGCUGUAGCUGUUGGUGAUAGCCGUGAAACGGAUGAAAAUAUACUAAAGGGCGAAUACAAGUUGGUGUUUGGUAGUGCAGAAAUGUGGCUGAGGAAGACCUGA